GGAGAACUCUGAUUGGAAAUGGAAAGCUGACAGUCUUUUUGAAUAUAAAUAGUGGAAAUAAUUGAAAUUGCGACCGACACCAAAACCAAACACAACAAUUAUUAAUUUAUUUUUUGAAAGUAUGACAGACCAGAACAAAAAGGAUCCAGUUAGAGUAGCACUCAGAACGUUAAUUGAAAAAUCGGGUGCACAAUUUUCAACGGAAGAUGUUCUUAGAGAAUUCAGAAUAUCAAAAGAAAAAACCUCAAACAAACAACUCUUGAAAAUUCUGGAGGUGAUAUCGAAGAAUCAACCGAAUGCUAAGGAGUAUUUGUUGGAAGCUGAAAAAAAUUUAGAAAGAAAGGAUCCUUUAUACUGUUUGUUACAAUUCAUUAACCACUAUUCAAUGGUGAACAUAAUGCAGGUUGUCAAGAAAAAGGACAUUCCCACAUCAACACCUUUACUUAGUUCCACCAAACUUUUUGACACUGUUACCCCAGAAAAUGUAUCCGAUAUCAAAGAGAGGAUAGUACAAGCUGCAAGCAGUGGAAUCAGUAAAUCAGCACAAAAUACUUCCAUUGGAAAUGUACCCGCUCUACUUAACAACACAAAUCUUUUUCCGGCAUCUGACAAAAAUCGGACAAAUGCUCUCUGGGACUUUCAUAAAAUUGAUAUGAUGUCUUUUCAAAAGAGCAAUAUUGCAGCGAUUCCAAUUUCAAGUCAAGAAAAUCUCCUACUUUUCGAUUUAGUAUAUUGUCUGACGGGAAUGCGUGGAUCGUAUAUUACACCGGAAGAAAACAAAAACAAUGAAUAUAGUCUCAAGUUUAAUAUUUCCGAUCAAAUUCAUAGUUCAUUGAGAGAUAUUGCUCAGGAAAUCCUUCCAUUGGCGUCACAUUACACAUGUGUUCAGAAGUUCAUUCAAAAGGCCAGUUACGCAAAUUGUGGACAAGUCUUGCAGGCUCUGAGUGCCGCCUUGAGGGAUUUAGUACAUGAUUAUUAUCUUCUACUAGCACAACUAGAAUCCGAGCUCAUAGCUGAAAACCUUACAUUGCAUAAGAUGUUAUUUUAUGUUCGUCCUACACUCAAUACUAUGGAAGUUUUAGCGGGUGCUGUUUCAGAUAUUUUUUGCCAUGAUCUUCGUGGAGGUCAGGCCUUGACUUUGUUAUACGACAAAAUAAGUUCCCUAACGGGCGAUGAGGAAUCUCAGAAGUUUAUGAUACAACUAACUCAGUUGGCUGCUGUUCCCUAUAUGGAUAUUUUACAACUCUGGGUGCAAAAGGGUGUUAUAAAUGACCCUCAACAAGAAUUUCUAGUAGAAGACAAUGAAGUUAUUAGAAGAGAAGAACUUCCAGAACAUUAUUCUGCUGACUAUUGGGAAAAGAGAUAUACGAUUCGUCGUGAGCGUAUUCCUCGUUUUUUGGAAAAGGUGUCAGACAUUAUUCUGCGCACUGGAAAAUAUUUAAACGUCAUUCGUCAGUGUGGCAAAAAAGUAACACCACCUCAAACCAUGAACCUUCAGUUUUCCCCUGCCAAUCAAAAUCAUAUAACCGUCAUCCAAAAUGCUUAUCGAUUUGCCUCGAAAAAUCUUCUUGAAGUCUUGUUGAAAGAAAACGAUCUUAUGGGCCACCUUAUGUCUGUGAAAAGAUACUUAUUGCUACAUCAGGGUGAUUUUAUAACCCAGUUCAUGGACGCUUGUGAAGAGGAGUUAGCUAAGAAUGUAGACCAGGUCUUGCCAAUGAAAUUGGAAAAUCUCUUAGGUUUAACUUUGCGCCUUUCUUCAGCCAAACAUGAUCCUUACAAAGACGAUGUGCACUGUGAGCUACUAACAUAUGAUUUGGUUACCCAAAUGUCAAAGAUUAUUAAUAAUGAAGAAGAAUAUUGGCAAUCUCAUGAUAGGUUGGACUUAGUAGGAUUGGAAUGUUUCGCUUUUAGAUAUGAAGUAAAAUGGCCCGUUUCCUUAGUCCUAAAUCACAUUGCCAUCUCUAAGUAUCAAAUGCUUUUUCGACAACUUUUUUAUUGCAAACACGUUGAGAGGCAAUUAUGCAAGGUCUGGAAAGAGAACAGUACUGCAAAAAAAUUCUCACCUCAGGCAGCCGAGUUGUACCGAUCAGCAUUUACCUUACGCCAGCGUAUGAUGAACGCUGUGCAAAAUUUAGAAUACUACAUGAUGAUUGAAGUUAUCGAACCCAAUUGGCAUUUGUUUAUUCAAAACAUGGGAAAGGUUGAAAAUGUUGAUGAGGUGUUGGCAGUUCACCAAAACUUUCUCGAUUCGUGUUUAAAAAAUUGUAUGCUAACUGAUCCCACGCUACUAAAUCGUUCCAUAUUCAAACUGUGCAAUAUUUGUUUGAAAUUUUGUGAAUUCAUUCAGAAUUCCCAACGACAUUUCCUUGACGCUGAGUUAAAAUCGAUGGUUUGUGAUAGCAAUGAUGAGGAUAAUUCUGAUUCGGAUGCAGAUUUUUCGAGUCAGAAACAGAUGGAAUCUUCUCUUGCCCCAACUGAUACAUUUUCAGAGCGAGUUAAACGUUUUGACUUGGAAUUUACCGGCCUUUUGAUUGGGCUAUUAAAGCAAAUUAAUGAUGUGGCGUCAGAUAAUCCAUCAGAUCGAUUUAUCAACCUUGUUCACCGUAUUAAUUUUAAUUCAUUUUAUAACGAACAAAUGGAUAAGCUGUGUGCUAAGGACUCGAUGACCACGACACACAGAAAAACAAACUAGAUUUUGAAUUAUUUAUAUUGUUUAUGUUUUUGUCAUAUUUUAAUAUUUCAUUACUAUUUAAUAAAUUUUCAGCAUUUCCGUGUUAUGCUUCACGGUGUUUUUUUGUUAAA